AUUACAGUAGAUAAUCUAUGGUUCAAGAAUGUGCUGUUAUUUUACAUCAUUUUACAUGCGACAGUUUAUAGGUUAUUCUUACCGCGAAUGUUUUUGUUUAUUUUUAUAGCAAAAUGUAACAAAAUAUUAUGCCAUAAUAGGCAAUUGUAUUAUUAGAUUACCAUUUUUAUCUCGAUUCUCAUUCUAAUCGUGUAAUCGUUUAAGUUAUUAGAAUCAUAAAUUUUAGAUUUUUAGAUUUAAAUUCUAGACAAAUUUUUAAACUGUAAAAAAAAUGAAUAAAUUGUCGAUUAUCGAGCGAAACGUGCGAUUGCAGCUGCGACGUAUGAACACUAGUGGUGCAAAACAAAAACAAACUCCGAACGUGUAUUGUUCGCAGCUGGUUAGGAAGUGUGAUUAUGAGAACUUCCUCUGUACGCUAUUACUUCCACACAGUAUUAAAUCAGCAGCGUUUGCUAUACGGGCGUUUAAUGUUGAAGUGGCACAGGUGGAGGAUCAAGUGAGCGACACUAGGAUAGGUGCUAUGCGAUUACAUUUUUGGAUGGAUGCUUUGAACGAGACUUAUGACGAUAACCCACCGAGAAGUCCCGUGGCGUUGGAGUUAUACAGGAUUCUCCAGUGGCACAAGCUAUCCAAACGCUAUUUCAAGCGCUUGAUCGAGGCUCGUUUGAACAAACUGAGCGGCUCAACAUUCGUGGAUCUGGAAUCGCUCGAGAGGUAUUGUGAUUACACCACGUCGUCGAUAUAUUAUUUGCUGCUAGAGGCACAGGGCACGGCAAGCCUCAAUGCCGAUCACGCGGCUAGUCAUUUCGGCAAGGCGCACGGUCUAGUCACUUUGAUACGUUCCGUGCCGUAUAAUGCCCGAAAACGAGCGAUGGUAUUGCCGCAGGAUAUUUUGAUGAAAAACAACGUCUCCUUCGAAUCCAUCUUUCAGGGGCAGUCGAGCGCUGGAUUCAAAGACGCUGUACUUGAAGUUGCAUCUUGUGCCAAGCAGCAUUUGAAAAUGGCAACAUCGCUUAGAAAGACUGCAGGAAAAGAUCUCAAUGUGAUAUUUCUACCAACAGUUUGCGUUGAGAAUUAUUUAGAAGAACUAAGGAAAGUAGACUUCGACGUUUUUCAUCCAACAUUACAAAGAAGAAAUGGUUUUCUCCCGUUACAAUUACUGUGGAGAAAGAUGUGGUUUUAGGGUGGCUUCAACCAAACUCCAGUUAACUUAUUACCUAACUUUAUUUCUACAAUAUAGAUUACUUUAAUCUUGAUUAAACUUAAUUUUAAUUUUGAUUUAAUUUUUAAUUUUUUUUUUUCGUAAUUCUCAAAAUUAGAAAAAGAGUAAGUUAAACCGAGAUUAAAGUUUAUUUACAUUAGUAGAAAAGGAUUUUAAUUAGUUAUUAAUUCAACCAGCAGAAUUACAGUAAAAUUUCUAAUUAUAUGUAUAAUUCGUUGUUCCUAAUUUCUUUCUUUUCAAUUAAAGAAUAAAAAAUUUAUUAAGUUAUGUUAAAAAUUAUGGGCGAAUUCGUCCUUAGGGUAACUUUGAUUAAACUUCAAUCAACUUAUCGAAUAAUAAACUUGUUUUAUUUCGUUAACAUUGAAUAUAGAAUUAUUAAGUUUUUAUUAACAUUUGAAAAAAAUGAUGAGAUUGGAGACAACAAAUUAUAUAUUUUGAAAUUUGUUUCUAGCAAUUCUGCCGAUUAAAUUAACCGUUGAUUAAGUUAAUGGAAGUUUGAUCGAAGUCGCCCUAUUGAUAAUAUAUAAUAUAUAUAAAGUUUGAAAUAUGUUCAAGAUAA